AUGCUGUAUCCAUUAGUAGAGUCAUCUCUUCCAGAAGAGAUUAUAAAAGAGUGGGAACGUACACGUAGCAGAGUUGAAAAUAAAGUCAAGCCGAAUAUUUUGGGAAACUUGUUAGAAUUUCUUCGAGCGGAAGUCAAAAAUGAUGAGAGAUUACAACUUGCUCGAUCCGGUUUUGCGAAGGAUCAAGUGUUCCGAAGAAUUAAACCGAAAGAUAAAACUCCUACGGCAGCUUGUAUUAUUCGAGAGGGAAUCAUCGAAAUUGUAGAUGAAGAUAAGAAUAAAGACACUAUUUACCUCACUAUUACCUUCGAUACCUCAACAAAAGACUCUAAAGGAAAUUGCUUGAAUAAUUGUUUAGAAAAGGGUCCAAAUUUAUUAGAAUUAGUACCAAAAUUAUUAAUGCAAUUUCGUAAAAAUGUUGCUGGUAUAACAUCAUAUAUUAAAAAGGCCUUCUUACAAUUCAGCCUGAACCCAAAGUAUAGAGAUUAUUUUAAGUUUUUAUGGUGGAAAGAUUUUUCAAGACGAGAAGAACUGAUCACCCUGAGACAUUGCCGAAUGGUAUUUGGUGCUUCUCCUAGCUCAUUUUUACUUGAGGCAACGACAGCUCAUCAUCUAGAGAAUGUUCGAGAUAUUAGGAAGGAAACAGCUUGUCGACUUCAAAAAUCUUUUUAUGUAGAUAAUUGCAUAACUAUUUUAGAAACUAGAGAAGAGGCGGCCAAAUUUAUUUCUGAAGCUAAAGAACUGAUGUCUGCAGUCAAAUUUGAUUUACGAGGCUAG